AUGGGGAAUGUUACGAACUUUACUCGCUGUUUGGCAAACAUCGAAGACCUUUAUGCAGAUUCGUGGACGCCAACCAUUGUCGCUCUCAUCGUCAUCAUCGGGUCAGCUGUGUCCAUCAUCACAUUGUCCUUGUCUCUCUUCAUAUUCUUUUACUUCAAGAGCCUGAGAUGUAGUCGUUUAAAGGUGCACAUAAAUUUAUCGAUAGCUCUGCUGAUAAAUUUGUUACUUCUCAUCGUCACGUCAUCACCCAUUCUAACAGAUGUGUCAUAUAAACAUACAGAAUGGUUGUGCAAAGGAGUACUGAGUCUGCAGAUGUAUUCAGCUUUAGCCAGCAUCAACUGGAUGUUUGUAGAAGGACUCUUACUGCACAGCAGAGUGACGGUACACAUAUUUAAGAAAGAUGCUCCCUUCAAACUCUACUACUGCAUAGGAUGGGGUAUACCAGCUAUGUGCAUUAUUACAUGGUGUGCAUUCAUGCUACAUUAUCACAAUACCCACUGCUGGUCCGGAUAUGGUAGCCAGUCAUACAUUUGGUUGAUCACGGGGCCAAUGAUAGCCGCCCUCUUGAUAAAUAGUGUUUUUCUGGUGGAUAUAAUUCGUAUUCUAGUUACGAAGCGUUUGGCCAAUCGUAGCGUAGAAACCACGCACGUCAAGAAAGCAGUCAAGGCAACUGCGCUCCUGUUUCCUCUUCUAGGCAUCCCCCAUCUUCUCUUCUGCAUCAAUCCAAAAGAUAGCGGAACUUUAGAGGAUGCUUACAUGGUGGUGAAUGCUUUUGUGAAAUCGUCGCAAGGUCUCUUUGUAUCGGUGUUGUACUGUUUUAUGAAUGCAGAUGUUCAAAUGGCAUUGAGAAAAGCCUACAUGCGGUCCAUGACACGACGCAAUCCUAAUUAUCGGUACAACUGCCGCAGAGGGUUGUCUCAAACGUCAGGAACGUACUUGUCAUCGCAGUCGGAAGGAUCCUGUUCAACAGAAUCCAGUCGCAAAAAGAAGCCUGCAUCCAGAGCUAUUAUUAAGCUCCAGGAAGUUCCUGGUAAAGAAGUGUCUGUAAUGAGACCAGAUAACAGAAUUGAAAGCCGAAUUUGA